UCAAAGCCCCGGUGGGAAAGGGAGGGGGGAACACUAGAAACUGGGGCCCCAGAGCUGAAAAGGAGGGAAACUGAGCCCUCCCUGGGCCGGAAGUCCUCUGCUCAGGCCCCUCUCCCCUUUCCCUAAACAGCGGCCCACUUCUGUCUCUCUCCCAGCAGGAUCCACGAUGGAUGAUUCCUGGACUAACCCACACGGGGAAUUCAGAGAGAGAUUACACGGGUACCCACCACCUCCACCCCCACCACCACCACCUUUGCAGUCCCACACGGUAAUGGCCCAGCCCCGGCUUCUUCGUUGCUCACUGGUGAACCUGAGCCCCUGUGAGGAGAGGAACGCCAUCCUGGAGCUAGAGGAGGCCAACCAAAGACUGAAAGAUAUGAACCAGGAGCUGAGGGGACGACUUGAAGACAUCAUGGAGCCGAGGGAGAUAAGGCAGGACUUUAUUCCCGUGUGUCCCAACCAUCAGCGCCAGUUACAGAUCCUGGCCUGGGACAAGGAGUGUCCCCAGAUGAUGGAUGAGCCAAGGACAGUACAGGUGCUAAAACAAAAAAUCUGCCCUCGUGAGGAUCCCUUCACAGAAAAGUCCCAGAAAGAGCUGCAAAAGAUGAGGCUGUCAUUUGAGAGAAAGAAGACGUCCAUCACAGAGCCAGGUCUGCUGUUCCUCCUUGCACAGGUGUGGGAUGGCAUGAGUGAAGUUCACAUGUCCUUAACUGACCAGGCUGAAGGUCUUCUGAAUCUCAAAAAGGAUAUCCGAACUGUGUUAGAUGAGGUAGAAGACAUUCGAAUGGAAAUUCUUCGGGACAAGGCCCAAAGUCAAAGUCUGACCAGGAGAGGCUUGGUUAUACCAGAAAAAAAGUCACCUCAGCCGCCACCACCCUGUGUACAAGAAGAUGACAACUGCUGGACCAGCGCAAGGAGAUGGCUUGGUAGCUGGUUUCCUGUAUUUAAGAGACUGUUAAAUGAAAAAAAGAUUUGCCUUUUGCUGCUGGGCUCCACAGGGCAGAAACAAGAACACCAACUGGAAGUUAAAAGGAAAUCCUGGACCUUCUUCAGCAAGGCCGGUUUGUGCCUGUUGGUCUGCAGCGUCUUGUUUUAUAUGUAUAUAGUGAACCCCACCCCCUAUGAGUGCCUUCUUCCCCCAAUCAUUGGCCAGAGGACUCUCUGGCGAAUCCGGACCUGGUUCAACCCCUUCCUCAGGGUGGAAGUGGACGACUUCCUGCCAUUUUAGGCCCAGAGCUUUGGGCAGGGAGGGAAGAAGAGAACACAAGUCCACUCUCCAGGCUGCCUUCUUUUUCUCUGCAAUUGAUGGGAACCAGAUGCUGACUCCAGCCCCAUUC